UUAAGCUGUGAUUGGGCUGCCGUACUUGAAGUAUCAUUCUUGGUAGCUGUGGGGACCAGGCUUGUAGUGUUGAAGUAAAAAUCAAAAACAAAACAAAAAAACCCUGCCAACAAAACAAAACAAUAGCAGAAGCAUGAGUGUGGAAGCCAAGUACCGUGCGGCAUCCCUGUAUGUGGGUGAUCUCCACGAAGAUGUCACUGAGGAUGUGUUGUUCAGGAAGUUCAACACAGUGGGACCCGUGUUGUCCAUCCGCAUCUGCAGGGACCUGGUGUCCCGUCGUUCCCUAGGCUAUGCCUAUGUCAAUUUUCUCCAGCUGGAUGAUGCCCAGAAAGCCCUGGACACCAUGAACUUUGAUUUGAUCCAAGGCAAAUCCAUACGUCUCAUGUGGUCUCAACGGGAUGCAUACCUGAGGAAAUCAGGAAUCGGGAAUGUGUUUAUUAAGAAUCUGGACAAAUCCAUUGAUAACAAAACCUUAUAUGAACACUUCUCCCCGUUUGGAAAGAUCCUGUCCUCCAAGGUAAUGAGCGAUGAAGAAGGCUCCAGGGGCUAUGGCUUCGUGCACUACCAGGACCAAAGCGCAGCAGACAAAGCCAUUGAGGAGAUGAAUGGGAAGCAGCUGAGGGACUGCUCAGUGUUUGUGGCCAGAUUCAAAAGCCGUAAGGAUCGCGAGGCUGAACUCAGAAGCAAAACCAGCGAAUUCACUAAUGUGUACAUCAAAAACUUUGGCGAUGACAUGGACGAUGAGCAGCUUAAGGACGUGUUCAGCAAAUACGGCCAAACUUUGAGCGUUAAGGUGAUGAAAGAUGCCGACGGAAAGUCCAAAGGCUUCGGGUUUGUGAGUUUCUAUAGUCACGAAGCUGCCAAAAAUGCAGUUGAAGAAAUGAAUGGACAGGAUAUAAACGGGCAGACAAUUUUUGUAGGCAGAGCUCAGAGGAAAGUAGAACGCCAGGCUGAGUUAAAGGAAAAGUUUGAAGAGAUGAAAAAGGAAAGAAUCCGUGCACGCCAAGCGGCGAAGCUCUACAUUAAGAACCUGGAUGACACCAUCGAUGAUGAAACACUGCGCAAGGAAUUUUCUUCCUUUGGGUCCAUUUGCAGAGUUAAGGUGAUGCAGGAAGCAGGGCAGAGCAAAGGGUUUGGCUUGAUUUGCUUUUUCUCUCCUGAGGCAGCUGCUAAAGCAAUGGCUGAGAUGAAUGGCCGUGUCCUGGGCUCCAAACCCCUCAACAUUGCCCUGGGUCAGAAGCACUGAACUACAACAAAAAGUCCUACCUCUCCAAUUUGAGUAGCAGCU